AUGCAGUCCGCUGGUAGAAUUGCUGCUUCGUCCCAGCAGGCGCAUUCUCGCAAAAGAGAUACUUAUUUAAGUAAUUUAAAUUCCAGACUGCGAGAAUCUCUUAAAUGCAUACUAGAAAAUUACGAAAUGAUGCUAUCCCGAUCAAAGUUGGAAAACCAGCCAAUUCUUAGUCGCUGCGACCCGUAUUCAGUUGUCACGCAAGGAAAUUACGAAUGCAAUGUUAGAGCAGCAAAUAUAGUUAAUGCUUGUGAAGCAAUUACUCGCCUUGUAUCCGAGAUAAAACUAUUAUUAGUACUUGGUGAUUUUCGAUGGUUAGAGGCUUCUGUGAAGGAAGAGGCCGAAGAACGACAGCAUCGUUUUUUUGAUCUUGUUGAAUCAACGUUGCGCUUACGCGAGUCCAUUUCUCGGGAUCUUUCCUCUCUAGAAGAGGUAUUGGGCUGUACCCCACGCCGUCCGAGUGAACGAUUAUUUCCUUCUGAAUGCAACAUUUUGGACCCAACUAACGAUUUCCCCCAUUAG